UCUCGGCGUUAAACCUCGGCUCAGGUCGGCUCCGGCAGCGCUCAUCCUUCUCUCCACCUCUCGCUGGCUUGUCAUUACGUAGUAGGUACCCUGAGCACCGACCCUGAGAGCCUUUGUUGGGUCGGAAAAUGCAACCCUGCCGAUGAACGUGCCCUCCAACAGAUGGUGGCAGGCCGAGAGAUGGUUCACCUGCCGAGAUGACCUCAGGUUUUGCAAGUCCGGAGCCGCCGCAAUGAUCCGGUCAAGAAAACUCACAUCAGGCCUCCUGCUGGGGUCGUUCAUUUUUGUGUCCCUUUAUGCGCUCAACACCUUCUUGAGCCCCGUGGUGUCCGGGACGCCCCACGCGAUAGCGUCCAACACAGGACGCAAUCUGCGGGAGAUCUUGCCAUCCUCGGAGCCACCCGUCGCGACGCCGGCGGCGCCGGAGGCGACGCUGAAGCAGUUGCUGGGCUGCGUUGACCGCGAGCCGACGCCGCGCUAUGGCCAGCGUGGCGAUUUCUGGGUGCUCUACAAUUACGUGCGCGCCGAGGAGCAGCCAGGGUGUGCCGACUCGAUCACGUACACCACGCAUGGCGACCACACGUUCCUCGACAACCUGGCGCCGCUGCUCGAGCGUUGGCAGGGCCCGAUCGCCAUGUCCGUCUUUUCGCCUGGCACAGACUGGACGCAGGCACUCGCGGCCAUCCAGCACGUGCGCAACUGUGGACGCAGCGCACACCUUGUCCGCAAGCACGUCACAUUCCAUUUGUACUUCCCCACGAAGCAUGUCCCGAAGAAGGUUCCAAGGCCCGCGUCCGACGGCCAGUCACACUUGCCCCUAGCCAACUGCUCCAGAACUCUGGAGUCGGUCGCUGCCAUGAGCCAGCCAACCUACAAGACCACCCACAAACUGCUGUACCCUGUGAACGUGGGGCGCAACGUGGCGCGCGAGGAAACGCUGACGCACUUCAUCCUCGCCUCGGACGUCGAGCUGUACCCCAACCCUGGAGUCAUUCCCGACUUUUUGGAAAUGAUGCGGGCGCACCUGACUCAGGCAGCCAACGUCACAACCAACACCACUCGGUUGCCACCCCCGCCCAAGGUGUACCCGCUCAGCAUCUUUGAGGUCAAGGAAAAUUCCUCGAUGCCCCAAAACAAGACGCAGCUUGCACUCAUGCUCAAGAAUAAGGACGCCGUGCCUUUCCACAAACACGUGUGCCCAAAUUGCCAUAAUGUGCCGAAAGCGGCAGAGUGGAUGGCGCUGCCUCAGUCAGAGGGCCUGCAUGUUUUCCAUGUCGGCCAGAGGACGGGACGUCACCUGCACUGGGAGCCAAUCUACAUAGGCACCAGGCAGGAGCCCCCAUAUGACGAGAGACUGUCCUGGGAAGGAAUGAGUGACAAAAUGACCCAGGGUUACGCUAUGUGCGUGCUAAACUACGAGUUCCACAUUCUGGACAACGCGUUUCUGGUGCACCGACCCGGCAUCAAAUACUACCACAAAGACAAGGAGAGAAGCGUCUUUGUGAAGCGCACGCAAGUGCUAAUCAAGCAGCAAAUCCUGCCAGAGCUCAAGCUACUUUAUGGCACCCGCAAGGGCUGCACCGUGUGAACAGUGACAGAGGACGGUGGAGUUUGCGAAUUGGUGCCGGCGCCAACUGACGAAUGGAGAGAUGCACUGAAAGUGUGGUUCCUGGAUAAUUUCCCGCGCCUCACGCAACUUUUGACGCAGAGAAUUUGCCAGGCUGGGUGGAUUUUAUCAAGAAAAAAAAUGUGUGAAUUUGCCACUGAAAAUAAGUGGUGCUAAAUAAUGCAGCUUUUUCAUUCACUAAAGUGUCACAACCCAACAAAGCCUGAUUUUGAUCUUUAAACAAUCGUGAAUAUCUUGAAUAUUUUUAGAAAAGUAUUAGACUCUAUUUUUGUAAACACAUUUGAGUUUUCUGCGUUAAAAGUGACUGGAUCUUGUCGAUGCACCGCACAAUCAAAGAGUCAAGCAUUAGAAAGUGAUCCGCAUGCAACAAGUGCUGCUGAUAUGAACAAUGAAUUGCUGUGCCUUAAACAAUUAUUUUAUGCUUAUAUAGAGAAGAGAAGUUUUAAUUUAUUCCAAGGCCCUGGUGGGUCAAAACACAGGUGAUAUGACUACUUUCUGGAAGCUUCAAGUGAAAGCCAUUUUCCAUGGUAAAUCAGCACUUUUAUGUUUCUCUUGCACUUGAAACUCACUCAUUUACUUUGGAGUUAUUUUUUGCGAAAUUGUGCUGCUGUAUUAUUAUUGAUUAUUAUAUCUUAAGAUAUUGAAGCUGAUACCUCUCUGUGCUGUUUACGAGAUGCAGGUUUGUACCUGUGCUCAGAUUUUCACUGCUUAAAUAUGUCUUCUUCGCCUGAAUAUAUGAUUUGAAAGAUUCAAUUAUUGCUAUUAUUUUUAACAGCUAUAGAGAAUAUUACGAAAGUGAUUAUCUUGUAAAAGAAAAAAUGUGAGUAUUAAAUUGCCCAUGCAGAUUAUUAUUAUUUGUGUUCUUGGCACUUUGAGAAGUUGUUUUCUCUCGUGAUGUUAUUCAUGGGAGCAGUUUUUCAUAUCAAACAUCAACACAUGCAACGAUCAAAUUUAUAUUUUGUUUCAAGAGUAUAAGUUUUUAAUAAAAUUGAUCCUUUUUGAUAA